GUGGGCUUCCACUUACCCCCUGGAUGAAGGAGAGUUGUCAGUGGGUCAUUCAGUCUAUCAAUGCCAAAUGUGCACUGCCGGUCCUGCUCGAGAUGUUGACAGCUGACUUCGCGCACUCUUCUGGAAAUGAGUUGUUGCAGUUGAAUGCUCUUGAAUAUUAAUGAGCCGAACCUCCCAAAAACUUUUACAGAAAGUCGCAUGAUAUGGAUUAAUGUGGAAAAACUUCCUUGACUGGUUUGUAAAAACGAGAGGAAACGAGCGUGUGGAUUACAAGUGAAGUCAGUGUUUGUUGUUCAGUCUAUCUCAGGGGAAGACAUUUGAGUAGCGGCGACAUGAGGAUGCAAAUGCAAAGUUUCUCACAGGAAUAUGGAAUAUUCUGAAUUAAAGCUUUAUGUGCUCGAAAACUCAUCCCGUAUGGCUUUUAUGCGUUUUCACAUUUGUCAAUCCGAAACAAAGCUACUGGAAGUCUUGUGACGGCUGGGGUAAACAGUGGAUACUUGUCUGGAGCCAUUCUACUGGAUCUAUUGAAUUAUCCUCGGAAUUUCUCUGCCCAAUGACAUUGCCAAUAUUGUUAGUUGGGUUCCUUUUUAUAGCGUCUCCUCGUUUUAUUAGAUUUAGUUACCGAGUCAUUAACUUAUCUGGUCUAGACCAAAACCUGAGGUAUUUUAGUGGUUUGUGACAGGAUGCGGGGAUGCACGGGAUUCCCGAUGGCCGUCACGGUGGUGUUGACACUUUUGACCGUCAUGAACGUGAAGGCGAGCGGAGAGUAUUGUCACGGGUGGCAUGAUGCCCAGGGCGCGUGGAGAGACGGCUUUCAGUGCCCGGAGCGCUUCGACAGCGCCGAUGCCAUCAUCUGCUGCGGGAAAUGCGAGCUCAGAUACUGCUGCUCCAGCACAGAAGCUCGCCUGGACCAGGGCACAUGUGAUAACGACAAGCAGACACCAGACUCCAACACUGGCAACAAGGACGACAAAAACUCUGGGGCAGUACCCAUCUACGUGCCCUUUCUGAUCGUCGGCUCUGUCUUUGUGGCGUUUGUUCUGGUGGGCUCUGUUGUUGCUGUAUGCUGUUGCCGCUGUCUGCGUCCCAAACAGGAGCCUACAUCAGGUGGCGGUUCAGGAGGAGGGUCGAGCAGCGCCCGUGUCCUGGAGACAAUUCCCAUGAUGGCCAGCACUGGCACCUCUCGAGGCUCGUCGUCCCGCCAGUCCAGCACAGCUACUUCCUCCAGCUCUUCAGCUCCUCCUGCCGCUCCCCGUCCCGCUCCAGCUCCUCUGCUGCGAGCCCAGGCGUCCUGUUGCCUUCCGCCAGAUGCCAGCGUGUAUGUAAACAUGCCCACCAACUUCUCUGUACUAAAUUGUCAGCAGGCCACUCAAAUUCUUCCUCAUCAAGGCCAGUUCCUGCAUCCUCAGUAUAUCGGUUUCGCCCACCCUGUAGCUCCAGCUGCGGCCUUUUUAGACCCCACUCAAGCAGGCUACCGGCCGUUACAGUCUCCGUUCCCUCCACCAACCAGUGUGGCUAGUGUGGCAAGUAUAACCGGGGAUCACAAACACCCUCCGGUUACCAUGUGAAACCCAACGGGACCUUUGUAGGAGACAUGUCUGAAUUUAAAUUACAAGAAGAACACACAAAAGAUCAGUUCAGGGCCCAAAAAUGAGUCAUGCCUGGUUGUGGGCUUGUGCCACACAAAUGAAACUCAUACUGGUGCUUAUUCUAACAUGUAGAUUUUUGUGUGACGUAAAGAAGUAAAGAGUUGACCUGGAAUGGAAGAUCUUGGAAAUCGCAUUUGUUUUCGUAUUGUGGCAAACCUCCAAGUGAAAUGGCUUCUCAAACAAGAGGAAAUGUUGGACGGGGCUUGGUUUUGUUCUUUGGGAAUUGAUCGGAUGAUUGUGGCUUGCUAUUGGAUGAUCUCAUGUGAUUGACAGGUUGCCCCACCCCUUGCACAGAUGAGCACAUCAUUAAACGAGAUGACGUUGAAAGACGGAGAGAAGUUAUUUCUGUUAAAAAAUUAUGAAGACAUGAAAAUUUGAAAAAAAGUGCAAAGGUAAAUCAUCUACAGUUUAAUUAACAUGGAAAAUUCCAUAAACUAUAAGUGUAACGGAGGCCAGCUGGUGAAAUACUAUGCAGGUAAACCUCACUCCUCUGACCUUAAAAGGUGCAAGAGUGACAGACGCUAGCGGCCAUGGUCUUUAGCCUCCUUGUUAGAGCAACCGACUCCCAUACAAAGAAUCACGGGUUCGAUCCCAGCUCAGAACGAGAUGGGUGCAGUUGGACCGGUGGAUUAUUUGUGGGGGCUCGUCCGGGAUGGGAGUGAGGUUUAUGGGGUGAGUGUAACAGAGGCCAGCUAGCGAAGAGCAGGUAAACAUCACUCCUCUGACUUCAAAAAGUGCUUUAGCGACAGACGCUAGAGGCCAUGGUCUUUAGCCUCCUUGUUAGAACAACUGACUCCCAUACAAAGAGUCACCGGUUUGAUCCCAGCACAGAACGGGAUGGGUGCAGUAGGACCGGUGGUUACAUAAGAAUGCUCAACUCAAAAAAAAUUGUGUGUUCAAUGCCUUGAAAAGUGCUAAAAGAAGCGCGUGCGUGUACAUAUGCGAUGUAUAUAUGUGUUGUAUAACCGUGCAUGUGUGCUGUAUGCGUGACUGUAUAGAUGUGUUGCUUUAUGAGAUGCUGUACGUGAAUGUGUGUGUGUGUGUAGUGCACUAUAUGUUGUAUGUAAUGGGAAUCGCAGGUGCUGUAAUGUGAAAAACAGUCCUGGCUCCCUGUUGGAUGCUUAAACUCUAAUGAAGUGAACACAGGACACAGACUGUGACGCUCCACCUACUGCAACACACUCACAUUUUCACAUACACACACAUUUACAUUCUACACAAUCGUAGCCGCUUUUGUAUUGCCAAGGAACAGAACAGAAAAUAUACAAAAAUAUAGGCCCUGUGUUUGGAAAAGCGAUGUGCGAAGGUGUGUGUCGCUGAGAUCAGCGGUCUUCUGAAAGCACCAGAGUCAAUUACGCAGUAAAAACCGUCUGCCAAACUGUUCCCCUUCACUAAGUCUCUGCCUUGUGAAAGGACUGUGUUUGUGUGCCACUUUUCCUCCCCUUCUGUUAGCAUAAGGUACACUCGAGGAGUAGCAAAAGGGUUCCAGGGCAUUUCAUUUGGAGUGGGUUUCUUUCAGCACGCUCAAUGGUGGCAGUUUAGCGAGGAAAGAAAAGUCCCAGACUCCUUCAGCAAAAGGCCGGCGCCCCUCUGAACUCCUUAAACUUAGAAGCUGGCAUAACAAUCACAAUCAAAUUAGUAGUCGGCUGAUUUAAAAUAAACAGCCUGUAAGGGUUUUGGAAGUUAAAAGGUUGUUUUUACUUUCAAACUGGUGACUUUCUUUCAUCUGUGGGACACAAAAGAAGAGGUUUUAAAAAUGUCUGUUUCUGUCUAUACAGUGAAAGUCGGUAUUGUUACUGUUGACUUCUCUCUGAAAAAUGCAGGGUUCCAGACAAUUUAUUUAUGUGGCCCAAUACAAAUUCAUUAAGUUAUCUUAACAAAUUCAAGUGGAUUAAACAUAAAACAAUUAAGUUGUCCUAAAAAAAAUCUCAAGAAUUGCUGUUUCUGAUCAAUUAAAAUAAGUAGUUUGAACAAGCAUCAAAAUAAUUUUUCAGUGUAAAACUAAUAAAAGUGUUUGUUUGUUUGUUCACUAAAAUAAUACAGAAAUUAAAUAUAAAGCUGAGGUGAAAAUUAAAAAUAUAACUGAAAAAUUACAGCUAAAUAAAAAACAAAAAAAUGCUUAAAAUAGCAUAACAAAUGUUAAGACAGAAAUAAAUGAACACUAAACAGAAAUAAAAAGUUCUAUAUUUUUAUAAAUAUAGGUGGAAUAUACAUAUUUUUUUUAAAAUACGUCUAGUUUUCAUCAACUUACAUUUUGGUUUUCAUUACACAAAAAUGACUGUUUCUAGCUUAAAUUAAAAUAUAUUUAUAUCAGUCAAUGUUCAUUUUAUUUUUGUGUUACAAGAUUACAACUCAAUGGUUUUAGUUUUAGUAACCUAUACACCUUUAAAAUUCAGAGAUUGCACGGUAGGGCUCGGUGAUAAAUCCUAAAGUAAUCAAACUCAACAUUCAGAACCUAUAAUCGGUCUAUAAUUCUUCCAUGUCGAUUUUUUCGAUUGAUUGAUUUUAUUUGACAAUUCUAACAAAAAUAUACAAACAAGUCCAGUUAGACCAAUUCAUACAAUAUUUCAAAAACUGUCGAGGAUAAAGUACACAAAAAAGCCACGGUCUUAUUUCCAUUGUGGUCCUCGAUAUUUUUUUAAAUUAACGAGCAAAUCAUAAAUGGAAUGGAAACAUCAUCAGCUCAGCAACUCAGCACAACAAAAUCCUCAACAUCAACUAUAAAACAACCACUUUUUAAUUUCCCUUUAAAAAUCACUCUCAAUUUGAAUCUCUUUAAAAAUCGUGGGCAAAGCAUUCUAAACAGCAGAGCUAGUACACAAAAAAGAAUUUCUACCUGAUUCACUCUUAAAUCUAUAUGGAUAAAUUUCCCUGUUACGUGCUCUUGUAGAAUGACAAUGUACCUCACUAACUAAAACGUAAUAAUUAAGGAAAUAUUUUGGGACCAUUUUCUUUAAAAUCUUAAAAACCAUCACUAAUUUUAAAAAUGUUACCCUAUUCUCAACUUUUAAAAUAUUACUUUGGCUAUAAUGUUUAUUCUUUAAAUGUGUCAGUGGAGGUACUUUCAUAACAAUUCUACACAACUUAUAUUGGCCGUCUGCAAUUUAUUUUUCAUUUUUUAGAACUACCGCUGUACCAAAAGCUGCAGCAUAGUCAAAGUAUGGCUGCACUAAUGCA